CCUUUACCAAAAUGAUAAUUUAACAUGAUAUCUUUACUUUUACUCAAGUGUGGCUUUUACUUUUUACAGCACUGGGUGGUUGUACUGUGAGUAAAAUAAGGGAUAAAAACAGAAUUAUUAACAGUGGCCUUGGUUUAGACACAGAUACAUUGAUCAAAUAAAGAAUAGAAAACUCAUCCAUGCCAAUUUAGUUUGUCCAAAAAUGUUCACAUCAAUCAAGGAAGAGGCUCUGGCCUCAUUGUUGUUUUUCAGGCAAGUGAGACAGGUUCAUGUUGCAACCACAUGUAAUAAAGGCAAUGCUAGCAAUCCGACGACAGGUGGCGCUCGUGUUCCGGCUUGGUGAAAACUCGCCUUUAAAGCGAGAGAAGAAGAAACUAAGCGCGGGCGGUGUUGAUGACGUCGGGAGAGGGAAAUCCAAAACAGAGCUUUCAUCGCCUCCUCUGUGACGGUGGUGUGAAGAUAAGAAGUGAAGUUUAGCUGGCGUUUUACAUUGUGAAGUGGACGACAGUUAUCAAAACGGGAGAAAAAUGCAGAGGGCUUCCCGUUUGAAGCGUGAACUACAGAUGCUGAGCACCGAGCCCCCUCCCGGGAUAACGUGCUGGCAGGCCGAGGAACGGAUUGACGACCUCCGGGCACAGAUAAUGGGUGGAACAGAUACUCCAUAUGAUGGUGGACUCUUCUCCUUAGAGAUCAAGGUCCCAGAGAGGUACCCAUUUGAGCCUCCUAAAAUACGAUUCUUGACUCCCAUUUACCACCCAAACAUCGACAAUUCAGGACGUAUCUGCCAUGAUGCUCUCAAACUCCCACCAAAGGGUGCCUGGAAACCAUCCUUAAACAUCUCCACAGUCCUCACCUCCAUUCAGCUACUCAUGGCUGAGCCCAAUCCAGAUGACCCGCUCAUGGCCGAUAUUAAUUUCUGCAGGGAACUGUCCUGCACUAUCUUGGCCAUCGCGGCGUCAAGAAAACAGCCCGUUUCGGCUCACGGGACGACACAUCUCUCAACCGCCAGAGGCACACAGGCCAUCCUCCUCCCCUCAGAUCUCCAUCUGCUGCUGAAUGACAAACUAAAGACUUCCAAGCAGAGGAUGCAGACACGGAGACCCAUGCUCAUCCCUCAACAAACACACUCACUAAUAUGCCUCUUAACUGUUCUUUUUAUCCCCCUGCGCUUUGAACCUACGGAAUGACUGACAAAGCCCACAGUGAUCUCUUUCUGUUUUCCCUGGAGAGGAAUUAGAUUUUUUUUUUCAUGUGUGUGAAUGUAAUUUUGUGUGUUUAAGCACAGUGACGUAUUUGAAACGAUUUUGCACCAAUCAGAGGAUUAAAAAUAUAUUUUGCCGUC